GAAUCCCUGCACUCGUUUCUCCCCCGGCCGAUCGGCAGGGUUUAUAUGGAGUCUCUGGGCGGCGGGGAAAAUGAAAGUCUCCUCCGUGGUCAUAGUCAUCCUGACUAGAUCUUUCGUCGGAGAGGUAUGCGAGGCCCUGAAUGUGACGGUGAGCCCGGGGCCGGUGAUCACGUGCCCAGACGGGGGCAACGUCACGCUGUCGUGCCGCGUGUCGCAGCGGAAGUGGGCCGCCAGCCUGCUGGUGGUGCGCUGGCUCUUCGCCGGCCAGCAGGGGGCGCCGGAGCAGCUGAUCGUCAAGCUGAACAUGCGCAAGACGCAGUACUACGGCAACUACACCAGGCGCUUCGCUCAGCCCAAGCUGCGGCUGUCCGAGGAGGACGAGGGCAAGGCCUACAACCUGCUGGUGCUCCACGUGUCCCAGGAGGACACGGGCCGCUACGUCUGCAGGGUGCAGGAGAUCAGGAAGCACCGCAACCGCUGGAGGGCCUCGUCCAACGGCACGGACGCGACUGAGCUACGAGUGCACGCUCCACAGGCAGCUGACAACAGGGAGGGGAUAUGGAGGCUGUUUGAAGACGUGUACCUGUGUGCUGUGCUGCUCUGCUCCAUCGGGCUGGUGUGCAUGGUCCUGUUCCUGGUCAUCACUUCCUGCCAGCACGUGCAGAGGAAGCGCAGGUUGAAAGCCAAUUACAAUUUGGUCAAGAGCCUUCAAAACAGUUCGGGGGAGACGGUUACCAGCGUGAUCGGCUCGUCUCCAGGGUUACCGCGGAAACAGACCUCCAAAGAUCCACCGAGUGAGACGCCUCCAGACAUACCCGCGAAAGCACCAAUGGGAGACAAUGGGCGAAGACCAAAACUUUUAAAGAUUCAACCAAGAAAAGUGGCUUUGGUGACGGAGGAGAGCCUGACGUACGCCGAGCUGGAGCUGGUGAAGCCGCAGGCGGACGCAAAGGCCGCCUGCACCGGAACCGUCUACGCACAGAUCCUCUUCGAGGAAAAGCAAAAAUAAAACUGUGUUUAUAGCCCUUUCAUACCAAAACCUGUAUUUAUAAAAACCUGCUUUUACUUAUUAUUGUGUUCUGAUGCCGAUUUGGUUUUUUUUUGUCACUUGUUUGUGUCACUAACUUGAGUAUAACGGUGAAGGUUUUCUAUGCAUAACGUACUGAACAAAUAGGGUUUCUGUGCUCGAUGUACUGAACCAAUGUGAAUAUUUUAUUGUUUUUGUUUGUUUUUGUUCAUAUUGCUACUCGCAGUACUUUCAGAACAGGGCUCGUCUACAUUUGAAGGAAAACGGGACUCUUUAAAAUCCCAUGUGUGUACAGUACGCUGAAGGAUACUUUUAAAUGUUCAUUUUCACAGGCAAAAGAAGCUGUGGAAAGCCGUUUGUUCAUCGCUGUUGUUCAGUUCUUACAUAUUGAUGCUAGAACCAUCAACCAGAUGAGCUUAGAAAAUCAAAUAAAGUAAUAUUAACA